AGCCAACCCGCCAUUAAUGAACCUCAACAAACUUCACUGCACCCUCUUUAAUUCCCGGCUGCCACCCACCACCUCACCACUAUAUAAUUCAUUCGCGCCAUCUUCUUCUACUUCUAUUCUAAAUUCUAUCUCUCUGUCAGAAAUGGAGGACGGAAGGAGUCGGGUCAACGUUCACUCCAUUUUAACGUCAGUGUCCAGCAGGCCGUUCGGGGCGGUCAAGACUUUCCCGUUAACCCAAUUGGGCCACGCCAUGGGUCGCCACACGAUCCAUCUCAUCUUCUACUAUGAGAAAAGCCCACUUGGGUCGUUUGACGUGGACCCCAUGAGGGAGUCUUUAUCGGAGGUUUUGUCUCUCUACCCGCUUGCUACGGGUCGAUUGACCCGAGAUGGGGCCGGUAAUUGGGAGGUUAAGUGUAAUGAUGCGGGUGUUCGGGUUUUAAGGGCUAGAGUUGGUGUCACGCUUGAUGAAUGGCUGAGAUCUGCUAAUGGGUCUGAAGAAAGAGAUCUAACGGUGUGGGAGGACAUGCCUGAGUCUCCUAGUACGUGGUCCCCUUUCCGGGUUCAGAUUAAUGAUUUUGAAGGAGGAGGUUUAGCCAUUGGAGUUAGCUGCACCCACAUGCAUGCAGACUCAACCAGCCUUGCUCUACUCCUCAAAGCAUGGUCCGAGGCCAACCGCCGUCAACCCAUUGCCUACCUGCCGUCCUUCCACCCACCUACACCUCAACCUCCGUCUACAAACAUUGAAACCAAAUCAACCAAUUACUUGGCUGCAAAAUCACAGGCACAUACCCCACCAGUGAAAAUGGCCACAGCCACUUUCAAGUUUUCUGAUUCCAUCAUCAAGCAGUGCAUAUCAAGAAUCCAUGACAAAUGCCCUCAUGCCAACCCAUUUGAUCUGCUAGCAGCAUUGUUUUCGACGCGGAUUCUGCACUUAAAGGGUUCUAAAAAUGAUCGUACACACUCCCUGUCUGUCUGUGUAGACUUUAGAAGGCUAUUGCAAGAGCCACUUCCUUAUGGAUAUUUUGGCAAUGCUUUAUAUUUUUCACUUCUGUCCAUAAACGCGGAAGAAAUAGAAUGUGGCGACUUAGGACGCAUGGCAGAGUUGGUGCAUUGCCAUGUGUCGGGGCUUAAAGAAGAAGAAUUUUGGUCGGCUUUACAUUGGCUUGAAUCACAGAAGGAGGGAGGGAAGUAUGCACCACCAUUUACAAUGUAUGGCCCUGAACUCACCUGUGUUAGCAUGGAACACAUGAUUGUCGGGGAUCAAUCUGUGAUGUACUCGGCAAUCUUUGACAGUGCCAGGCCUGUCCAUGUAUCCUGUCAUGUGGGGAAUGUGGAAGGUGAAGGGUUGAUACUAGUGAUGCCUUCGGCAGAAGGACGUGCACGAACAGUGACGGUGACGUUGCCAGAGGAAGAGAUUGCCAAGUUGAGCAAGGAUCAAGCUAUCUUGUGCCUAGAGCCAGAAGUCCUCUUUUGUGGAAAAGUAUAGACUAUUUGCUUUCAGAUUGUGAAUAA